AAGUAAUCUGCAUCGAUGGCGCGAUCGACAGCGUAUGUCAGGAGGAUUGUUCAUCCUUUUCAGCGACGCUUAGCCCUACUACAGCCGAGGCUCCUACAACCACGCAUUGAGGGGCUACCACAUUCGAUCACUAAAUAGCAUAUUGGGAAUGUGUAGACGAGUAUGCUUGCGUCCGGCUUCCAAUUCACAUUCAGGCAGCUUCACACAUUCGAGUCGUAUCUCUUUGCAAGACCCCUUUUCGUUUUGUUCUGCACAACAUUGUCUAUAUGGCUCCUGACCUCAAUGCCGUCGCCGCUGGCGAGCGGUUCGACUACUCACAGCCGGGCUCUUCCGGCUAUCAUAUCAACCAAGAGAUCACCUGGAACGAUCCAAAGAACCGAAAGUUGAAGGUCUUAACCAUCGGAGCCGGUGUGACCGGCAUAUUGAUGGCAUACCGGAUACAGAAGGAUUGCCCAAAUGUAGAGCAUGUUAUCUACGAGAAGAACGCAGAUAUCGGAGGGACGUGGCUCGAGAACCGGUACCCGGGCGCUGCAUGUGAUAUACCUAGUCAUGCCUACACCUAUCAGUUCGCCCUCAAUCCAGACUGGCCUCGCUUCUUCUCAUACUCGCCUGACAUCUGGAAAUAUCUUGACAAAGUCUGCGAGACAUUCGACUUGAGGAAGUAUAUGAACUUCAACACCGAAGUCAUAGGGUGCUAUUGGGACGAAGGUAUGGGUGAAUGGAAGGUCAAGCUGCGGGAGACCGUAAACGGAGAGGUCGUUCGAGAAUUUGGUGAUACUUGCCAGUUGUUACUCCACGGCACUGGUAUCCUGAACAAUUUCAAGUGGCCAGACAUACCUGGCUUGAAAGAUAAGUUCAAGGGUAGGGUUGUUCAUACGGCUCGCUGGCCCACAGAUUACCAGAAGGAGCAGUGGAACCACGAUCGCGUUGCAGUCAUCGGAUCUGGCGCCUCAUCCAUCCAGACUGUGCCUACCAUGCAGCCGCACGCUAAGCAUAUCGACAUUUUCGUCCGCACUGGCGUAUGGUUCGUCCAGAUUGCGAACAACUAUGGCCAAAACAAAGAAUACGACCAGCAGGAGAGGGACACAUUCCGCCACGACCCUAAAGCCUUGGUUGCCCAUGCGAAGGAUAUCGAGGAUCAAGUCAACGGUCUCUGGGGAGCCUUCUACUCCGAUACCGAGGCACAAAAGAUGGGCCAGGAGUUGUUCCGUAACCGUAUGAAGGAGUUCAUCAAGGACGAACGGCUGUUGAAAGGCUUCACACCUAAGUUCGGCUUGGGGUGCCGUAGGAUCACUCCUGGCGAUCCGUACAUGGAGGCCAUACAGAAGGACAAUGUCGACGUCCACUUCACGCCUGUCGUCAGCUGCACCGAAGAAGGCGUGGUUGGUGGUGACGGCACUGAGCGCAAGGUUGACACCAUUGUCUGUGCCACCGGCUUUGACGUUUCGUACCGACCACGUUUCCCAAUCGUAGGCGUAGAUGGCAUGGACUUGAAGGAGAAGUGGAAGGUCUGCCCUGAGUCGUAUCUCGGCCUUGCAAUCCCGGACUUUCCAAACUUCCUCACCUUCAUCGGCCCGACUUGGCCUGUCGAGAAUGGUUCAGUGAUGGGCCCGCUACACACAGUCUCCGACUACGCCGUUCAGAUCAUCAAGAAGAUGCAGAAUGAGAACAUCAAAAGUUGGGUGCCCGAUCAGGCAAAGACCGAUGCUUUCAACGACCACGUGCAGGAGUGGAUCAAGCACACUGUCUGGAAGGACGAGUGCCGAAGCUGGUACAAAAAUAACGACACCGGCCGUGUCAAUGCUGUCUGGCCCGGCUCGUCUAUGCACUACCAGCAAGUCAUUGCCCAGCCGAGGUACGAAGACUUUCACAUCCAGUACUUCGAUAAGAACCCUUGGGCUUCGCUGGGCAUGGGCUGGACAAUCGAGAACCGCCUAGGUGCGCAGGGCGCGGACUGCAGUCCGUACCUCAACCUUAACAAUAUUGACCCGAAGUGGUUCGAAGCAAUGGGUGGUGACGCCAAGGUGCUUGUCGAGCAGCAGAACAAUCAAAACGCUCGAAAGGGAGCCAGGGCACCGAUAGAUCAGUAGUAGCACCCUUGAACAUGU